GGGUAAACCACGCCAGACUCGUUCCUCAUCACCUCCACCACCACCACCACCACAACCAUCAUGGACUAUGACCACACCCAAGACAUCCUGGGCCAAUUGCCCUUACUGAAAUCCUACUCUCACAUGCUCCUCAUCUUCCCACUCGCGAACGAUGUAGCACGCCAUCAGAUCGAGACAGCCCUGGAGUCGGCCAUCCACCAACUCAUCGCCGGCUUCCCCUUCCUCGGCGGCAAAGUCGUCCGCGAGGGCCAAACGCCAUCUUGCUCGGGCGCCUUCAUCGUGCGUCCUCACAUCCCAUGGCAGGCACCCGAUCAUAAGUUCCUGCGGGUGGAGGAUCGGACGCACGAGGUCGCAUCGCUUGCCGAGUUGCGUGCGACGGGGUGGCCGACCACCUCGCUGCCGACUGUGCUGGCCCCUCCUCGCCCGGCCUUUCCGCAGCCCUAUCUCGACGACGACAACGAGACGAACCCAGCGCCCGUGCUGGACUUCCAGCUUAACUGGAUCGAGGGCGGCCUGAUUCUGGCCAUCGCGGCCCAGCACAACAUCAUCGAUGGGAACGGGAUGUUCCAGAUCAUCAACCUGCUGGCAUACCGUCUCCGCGACGAGCCGUUCCCGGAGCAAGCCAUGCGCGAGGGCAACAUCGACCGAUGCACCCUCAUCCCUCUGCUCAAAGACGACGAGCCCAUGGACGAUCACAGCGAGCUGAAGCCGGCGAUUGUUCCCGGACUGUCGUCGGGCCCGAUCACACCGGAGAUGCAAGCCUACAUGGCAACCUUCAAAUGGCGGGCGGUGCGAUUCAGCGAGACGUCCAUGACCAAGAUCCACCAGAAGGCUGCGCCGCCCGCACCAGUCGAGUCGACAUCCACCGACCAAGAGAAGGAGAAGAUCACCCCCAACGACGCCCUGACCGCAUUCCUGUGGCAACGGCUCAUCACUCUGCGCCUCCCGCACCUGCCCCCCUUCCUACAAGCGUCCACCUCCAAAAUCACCCGCGCGCUGGACCUCCGGCGCACCAUCAACCUCUCACCCUACUACAUGGGCCACAUGGUGCGCACGGCCAACCUGCGUCUGCCCCUCACGGAGAUCGCCUCGCUGCCGCUGUAUGAUCUGGCCGUCAGGCUACGGAGACACACCAGGUCACUGCACAACGUGCACGCCACGCGCAGCUACGCGACAUUCCUGGCCAACGAGGAGGAUAAGAGCAAGGUCGCGUACGGGGGCGCCUUCAACCCGUUGACGGACUUCUCGUGCUCGAGCAUGGCCCACGUCGCGGUGCCGGUGUUUGGGCCGCUGGGGAAGCCGCAUGCGAUCCGGCGGCCCUCGUUUGAGAUCCCCUUGCCGUGUGCGUGCUAUGUCGCGCCGGUGAUCGACGAGGGGGAUGAGGAGGGAGGGUGGGAGGCGUUGUUGUGCCUGAGUGAGCGGGACUGGGCGUUGCUCAAGGCAGACGACGAGUGGAAUGAGGUGGUGCGUUAUAUUGGUUGAUCCAUGAGGAUGAUGCGGAUCAACCAGGUUGCGCGUAUUCAGCGCAGGAAUUAUGGGAUAUGAGCGAUGAGCGAUGAGCGAUGAGCGAUGAAGCCACGAGUCGAUGUUAAGUAGUUCAAGUAAACCAGAAUGAGAUCAGUUUCGGGCUGCCUGC